UGUGAUGACGCCACGACGCUGACGCCUGAGGAUGGCGGCGGCGGCGGCGGCGGCGGUGUUGGUGGUCGGGGCUGUGUCCGCGGCCCGGAGAGGGUCAGCACAGUCGCCCGGACGCCGAAGAGCCCGCCGCCCGCGCGAGGUGUAGACGGGGCACUGCCUGCAGAGCAGGUUCUGCCAGCCUCGCUAGAGAGGAUGCCCCCGUGUCCGUGAUGGGCUGUGGGACAAGCAAGGUCCUUCCCGAGCCGCCCAAGGAUGUCCAGCUGGAUCUGGUCAAGAAGGUGGAGCCCUUCAGUGGCACUAAGAGCGAUGUGUACAAGCACUUCAUUACAGAGGUGGACAGUGUUGGCCCUCUGAAAGCUGGGUUCCCAGAAGCCAGUCAGGGUGCAAACCCCUGCCCUGGUGCCCCCACUACUGGCCACACAGAGCCUCCCUCAGAGCCACCACGCAGGGCCAGGGUGGCUAAGUACAGGGCCAAGUUCGACCCACGUGUGACAGCCAAGUACGACAUCAAAGCCCUGAUUGGCCGAGGCAGCUUCAGCCGAGUGGUGCGUGUGGAGCACCGGGCAACCCGGCAGCCAUAUGCCAUUAAGAUGAUUGAGACCAAGUACCGGGAGGGGCGGGAGGUGUGUGAGUCGGAGCUGCGUGUGCUGCGCCGGGUGCGCCACGCCAACAUCAUCCAGCUGGUGGAGGUGUUUGAGACACAGGAGCGCGUGUACAUGGUGAUGGAGCUGGCCACUGGUGGAGAGCUCUUUGACCGCAUCAUCGCCAAGGGUUCUUUCACUGAGCGUGACGCCACUCGAGUGCUGCAGAUGGUACUGGAUGGCGUCCGGUAUCUGCAUGCACUGGGCAUCACACACCGAGACCUCAAGCCUGAGAAUCUGCUCUACUACCACCCAGGCACUGACUCCAAGAUCAUCAUCACCGACUUUGGCCUGGCCAGUGCCCGCAAGAAGGGUGACGACUGCCUGAUGAAGACCACCUGUGGCACACCCGAGUACAUUGCCCCUGAGGUACUGGUCCGCAAGCCCUACACCAACUCAGUCGACAUGUGGGCGCUGGGCGUCAUCGCCUACAUCCUGCUCAGUGGCACCAUGCCCUUUGAGGAUGACAACCGCACCCGGCUGUACCGGCAGAUCCUCAGGGGCAAGUACAGUUACUCGGGGGAGGAGCUUGGCAGACCCCGAGAGGAGAUUCCACCACCAUCUGCAGAGAGCUCUGGAUUGGGAGGAGUUUGUCUGGGGUAUUUCCUGGGUAAGGAUACCUUAUCAUUAGAUCAGGCUCUCUGAGCUGGAGACCAGGCAUCUUUCUCUUUUGCUUGUAAUUGCCUACCCGUAAGUGCACUGGGGAUGAUGCAGAGAGACAUGAAGGCCUGUUCCCCAUCCCCAUGAAACUUGAGAUUGCCCGGGAGAAAGGACUAGGAAUAGGAAAUGGCCACAGAACGAACCCCUGUUGGCAGACACAUGCCAGCACAGGCCUGGGCAGUCUGGAACAUGGGCCAUGGGGCGCAGGUCAGGUGGUGGAUUGGCCCCCCUUCUUAGGACUGGGCCCUGCCCCCAUCCUCACCCAACCAUCUGUCUUCUACUGUGUGAUGGUCAUUUGCCCUUAUGAAGGCAUUCUGAGUAAGCAAGGCCCUGUCUGAGAGCCUCAGGGAGGUGUUUCCAUCUAGCUUCUUGUGCAAAUAAGGGACUGCCCACUUUGAACUCAGCAAGGUUUGGAGGUGUGCAUUCCUCACCUGACAGUAAGUCCCAUGGCACUUGGUGCCUUUCUAAUAGGCACCCUGCCCCCUUAUAGUGGUUUCUCAUGUAUACCACACUGUCUUGUGUGCUUGUUUCCCAGGGGCUCUAUCCAUGCAGCUCUCUUUCAGGCUCAGUAGUUUCUGUGGACUUGAAUAGAGGACUUCCUUCAGGAGGUGGGCUUUGAGGAGGAGGAAGCUCAGAGAAGGGGAUGUUGCUCACUGUGCUCCAGAAUAAACAGGAGAUUGUUUGGGAAUAACAGCAGAGGUUGAUGAGGCUGGGCCAGGCCUGGUGUUUGUUGCUGGUAGCUCUGUAGUGCCAGGGAUUAUUUGGAGAUUCCAAGCAUUAGGUGGGAGGGAGCCCUCUGACAGUGAAGGGGAAAUGUAACAGGAAGUGUUGUGGGAGACUAGCUGGAGGGAAACUAACUGGGGGCUGUUGGAAUAAUCCCAGUUUGGAAUGGGGGAGCCUGGUGUCCUGGGGAUGUUUGGGUCAGAUCAAGGAUUCUAGCGAGUGGGCUCAACAUAGUACAUGUGAGCCAUAGUUUAGAAAGAGAAGGAGUUGGGGGGCAGAGCCUUCCUGCAGCCCUGCAGGAGGAGCAUCAUCUCACGAGGCAGAUUGAGAAAAGACCCCAAGCUGCCCUCUGCCCCGGAGAGUACGUAGAGUCCUGCUUUGACAUCCCCACAUGGGACCCAGCAGUGGAGGGAUGCACACAAGUGGGGCCUCCUUCAGCACCUGCCCCACAAUGCUGACACUCUAGACACUCUAGCCCCCAGCCCUGGCCCCACGCUCCACCCCAUUCCCUACACACCAUGGACCCGAGAUGUUUGCUCCUUUCACUCCACACUAUGCUUUUGCUCAGGAUUUUCCCUCUAUUCUCAGUGUCAGCCUAAGAAAUUUGACUGGCUCUCAAUCAUCCAAUUCAAAGAUUGCUUCCAUUAAGAAUCAUGCCAACCAUUGCCAUUGUGUAGCCUACUGAGUACCAGGCACAGGUCUGAGGGUUCUACACCCAGCAUGUCUAAUCUCUACAAUAAUCUUGUCAGUGGGUAUAAUCCCCUCAUUUUAUAGAUUAGUAAACUGAGGCUAGUGAGGUUAAGUAGCUUGUCCAGGGUCUCACAGAGGGUGGCAGGCUUGGGAUUUGAAUCCAGGCCAUCUUGGCUUCAGAGUUCUUGGCCUUCCCAUGCCUACAGUCUACUUUCCCUGACACAUAUGCCUCAGCGUGUUGCUGGAGUCUUUGUUUCAGCACUUUCCCAGGCUGUCAUCUGUGGACAUCUUUUCCCUUCCCAGCCUGUAAGGUUCUUGAGGACAGCAUGUGUAUCAGUACAUAUGCUCCCAAUACGUUCUCCUGCUUCUCUUGAGGGAAGCACCAGUGGUUGCAGGUGAGGCCCUGGGCAAGGACCCAGAAGUGACUGUCAGGUAGACUAGGCUGCUCCUGCUGGCUGGGAGUGUUCUCUUCUGGGGCUGGGCUCCAGGAAGAAGUGGGGAGCCUGCUGGAGAUGCACUUAGGGGGUUGUUGGCCAGACCUGCAUAUAAGCAAAUGUAGGAAUCUUGGAAGAGGAGAGAGUUCUGGAAAGGAAAGCCUGUGACAGGUGAUUUUGAGAGGAGAAAUCUGAAUUUUUAUCCAGUGACUGGAGGUGCUGGAGUGGCGAGGGCCAAGCUAGGGUCAUGUUGGAAGUGAUCGGGAGAUACAUGUUGGCCAGAUGUGAGGAAGGCCUGUGUGAGUGUGAGAGCAGUUUGAAGACAAGGAGAGUCACCUUGAAAGAGGGAGCUUCCUGUCAUGGGAGGCCUGGAGCAGCUGCUUCUAAAGGAGUGACACAGAAGGUGAGUCACCAUCUGUAGACCGUACGAGACGACUGUUAUGGUCCCGCCAACUUGGAGAUUCUGUGAUUCACCUGACAUGAAAUGCGACGUUGUGGGCCUAACGUUAUUGCUUUUGUCAAGAGUUCUAUUCGUAGAGGCAGGAUGGAUGAAGAGGCUCUUGUGGGAAUGAUGACAGAGUGAUGCCAUCAGCAGCUUUGCUGUCUGCCACGUUUAGCAACUUUUAAUUGUCACCCUCCUCUGCUUGGGCAGUCUCUGAGCUGUGGGCGAGCCCAGGUGACUGCACCAGGAACAGGUGGGCUUGGGCAAAGGUUCUCACAGAGCCUUGUUCAGGAGAGUGAGUGCUGCCAGGCGGAGGACAGAAUCCUGGUGGGAGACGAAGCUCACCUGCAGGACCGAUCUGCCACUUCCCGGGGGAUUGUGUUGGUGGGAGGUGGCUUUCCAGGGGUAGGUCUCUGGGCUGCAGGCUGACCAUCCAUCAACUUGGGCCAAGGGGCACUUGCUCAGGGACUGUGAGUUACACCAUGUGGUAGUUCUGAUAGCCCUGCAGUAGGAUGAGUGCCCAGAGCCAGAGCUGACAUUUACAUUCCCAUCCCAGCUGUUUGCCACUUCCAAAAGUGACUCUGACACUUGCCAUUCUACCCUGGGAUGUUGAGAGUAAAAUGAAGUGCAGGGCAUGUGGUGUGUUCUGGUGCUCUCCACGUGAAGGGCACCUGCGCCUGUGGGGGCUGCUCAUGCAGCCUGCUUCAUAUGCUCUGACGGAGCGGCCAGGUGAGCAGGGAUAAGACCUUGCCCCAGAGCCAUGGGGUGGACUGCACGGGGGACGUGGGAGAGCUGGUGACUGGACGUGUGUGGGCAGCAGAGCGGAAUGCAAGGAGGCAGGUGGUGUAUUUCUGGGCUCGUGCUUGGAUUCUGCUGGAUGCCUUUAAUUGCCUCGUGUUCCCAUGGCCAAUGUGGAUAGGGGCUCAUGUGCCACCUCUGGGCUACUGCUUGGCUCCCUGGAGCCCCAUCCUCUUGGCAUCCCUCUGCUGUUGUUGCCCUGGUUACACACUCACCUCCUGUGGUGGCAGAAACUUGCCCAUCUCCCCACAUUGUUGCAUUUAGCAUUUUUGCCAAAACACCUUGCUCCGACCACCCACAGCAUCUCGUUAUCCCAAGGUCCUUUCAUUACUGCUGUUUCCCACCGCCCUGCUGAGGUCUCCUCCAACAAAGGGGUAUAUUGUGGGUUGCGUUCAGAGCAGCUUCUGGUGCCCUAUCCAUCCCCUCCCUCUCCUGCUCUUCCCAUUGUCUGCCUCAAUAGCUCUGCCCUUUCACAGGCCCUGUUGCUUCUAGGCCCUUAAGUUCCUCUGGGACCUGCUGGGGCUCUUGUUUCUCCCACAUUCUGACCUCUUUAAAUCUGCUUAUGACCUCCCACGCUCAUCCCCUGCCUGCCCCCACUGAGGUGGUUAAAGGUGACCUGAUCCAACCACACCCCCCGGCUGUGCCUCUCCAGACUCUCCUUCCUCGUAGGUUUCUCUGUCUCCCAGUGCGAGUGUGGUGCCCAGACCUGAGCUUUGCUGCAGCAUGGCCCGGCCAGCCUGGAGCAGGAGACUGAGUCACCUUCGUCUCUUCACUCAUCCUGCCAACCCAUGUAGACCUAGUGCCUGCCCUGAGCCGAGUCCUUUGUACCCAGGGUUCCAGGGACACAAGCCUCUGGGGACAGAGGCCACAGUAGGGGUGACAUGCUGACAGCCACCAGGGAUCCAAACUGCCUCAGAAAUUAGAAUGGGAAGAAGUUAAAAAAAAAAAAAAAAGCCAGGUUAGGCCCUGGAAAUCACCUCACUUCAGCAGAACCCUUGAGUGGAGAUAGAAGAGACCAUUAUGUAGCUAGCUCUGAAAUCCAGAACCUUCUAGGGCUGUUCCAGGACAUUGUUUUUUUGUUCUUGGGUUUUUUUAAAAUUUAAUUUUAUUUAUUUUUUAUACCAUAGGUUCUUAUUAGUUAUCUGUUUUAUACAUAUUAGUGUAUAUAUGUCAAUCCCAAUCUCCCAAUUCCCCCCGCCACUUUCCCCCGUUGAUGUACGUACGUUUGUUCUCUACAUCUCUGUCUCUGUUUCUGCCCUGCAAACCGGUUCAUCUGUACCAUUUUUCUAGCUUCCACAUAUAUGCGUUAAUAUACGAUAUUUGUUUUUCUCUUUCUGGCUUGCUUCACUCUGUGCGACAGUCUGUAGAUCCAUCUGCGUCUCUACAAAUAACCCAAUUUCGUUCCUUUUAUGGCUGAAUAUUCCAUUGUAUCUAUGUACCACAUCUUCUUUAUCCAUUUGUCUGUCGAUGGGCAUUUAGGUUGCUUCCAUGACCUGGCUAUUGUAAUAGUGCUGUAGUGAACAUUGGGGUGCAUGUGUCUUUUUGAAGACAGGGUAUAUGCCCAGUAGUGGGAUUGCUGGGUCAUAUGGUAAUUCUAUUUUUAGUUUUUUAAGGAACCUCCAUACUCUUCUCCAUAGUGGCUGUAUCAAUUUACAUUCCUACCAACAGUGCAAGAGGGUUCCCUUUUCUCCACACCCUCUCCAGCAUUUGUUGUUUGUAGAUUUUCUGAUGAUGCCCAUUCUGACUGGUGUGAGGUGAUACCUCAUUGUAGUUUUGAUUUGCAUUUCUCUAAUAAUUAGUGAUGUUGAGCAGCUUUUCAUGUGCUUCUUGGCCAUCUGUAUGUCUUCUUUGGAGAAAUGUCUAUUUAGGUCUUCUGCCCAUUUUUUGAUUGGGUUGUUUGUUUUUUAAAUAUUGAGCUGCAUGAGCUAUUUAUAUAUUUUGGAGUUUAAUCCUUUGUCUGUUUCUCAUUUGCAAAUAUUUUCUGCCAUUCUGAGUGUUGUCUUUUUGUCUUUUCUCAACUUUAAAAAAAAUUAUUUAAUUUAUUUUUGGCUGUGUUGGGUCUUCAUUGCUGCACGCGGGCUUUCUCUAACUGCGGUGAGCGGGGGCUUCUCAUUGCGGUGGCUUCUCUUGUUGCGGAGCAUGGACUCUAGGCAUGCGGGCUUCAGUUGUUGUGGCACGCAGGCUCUAGAGCGCAGGCUCAGUAGUUGUGGCACACGGGCUUAGUUGCUCCGUGGCAUGUGGAUCUUCCCGGACCAGAGCUCGAACCCGUGUCCCCUGCAUUGGCAGGCGGAUUCUUAACCGCUGCGCCACCAAGGAAACCCUGUCUUUUCAUCUUGAUUGUAGUUUCCUUUGCUUUGCAAAAGCUUUUAAGUUUCAUUAGGUUCCAUUUGUUUAUUUUUGUUUUUAUUUCCAUUACUGUGGGAGGUGGAUCAAAAAAGAUCUUGCUGUGAUUUAUGUCAAAGAGUUUUCUUCCUAUGUUUUCCUCUAAGAGUUUUAUAGUGUCUGGUCUUACAUUUAGGUGUCUAAUCCAUUUUGAGUUUAUUUUGUGUAUGGUGUUAGGGAGUGUCCUAAUUUCAUUCUUUUACAUGUAGCUGUCCAGUUCUCCCAGCACCACUUAUUGUAAAAGACUGUCUUUUCUCCAUUGUAUAUCCUUGCCUCCUUUGUCAUAGAUUAGUUGACCAUAGGUGCGUGGGUUUAUCUCUGGGCUUUCAAUCCCGUUCCAUUGAUCUAUAUUUCUGUUUUUGUGCCAGUACCAUAUUGUCUUCUUUACUGUAGCUUUGUAGUAUAGUCUGAAGUCAGGGAGUCUGAUUCCUCCAGCUCCCUUUUUUUCCCUCAAGACUCCUUUGGCUAUUUGGGGCCUUUUGUGUCUCCAUACAAAUUUUAAGAUAUUUUGUUCUAGUUCUGUAAAAAAUGCCACUGGUAAUUUGAUAGGGAUUGCAUUGAAUCUGUAGAUUGCUUUGGGUAGUGUAGUCUUUUUUUUUUUUUUUUUUGAGGAACAAGAGCCCAGUUUUUUUAUUUGAUCAUUUCUUGCAUUUGAAGUACUCCUCGAUGAUAUCCUUGGCCUGAGACUCUUUGCCAUAGUCCUUAACCACCACACAGCUGCAGCCAACCACUUUACGGGGUUUUCCCUCUCUGUCAGUUUUACAGAGGCCUACCCAUUCCCCUAGUUUCUUGUUGUCAUCAACCUUAAUCAGGUUGAUUUGGUGCUCAG